CUGCAGGCUGUCCGCCUCACAGCGAGAUGUGCUGAAGGGGAAGACGGGGUUAUCUGAGUUAAAGCUGCUCGGCAUGCUGUGGACUUGAGAGGAGGAGUGAUUUUUUACUUUAUUUUUUAAAGGGAAGGACGAAUGUCGAUACUGUGGUGAAAUGACUAACAGGAUGGAGGGUUCUUCGGCCCCAGGAGCCAAGGCGAACGGACCCAUUGCAGCGCCCAGCAGCCCAACAAGCUCCAAAAUCGGUCCGCCACUGUCCCCAGAUGACCUGGACGAUGGGCCUCAGUCUUCUCUGACUGAUGUCACCCAAAUGUGGAUUACAUUCGUCAAGACUUUCGCCAUCAUCUUCCCCAUCUACGUCAUGGGAUACUUUGAGUUCAGCUUUAGUUGGGUUCUGAUUGGACUCGCCAUGUUGUUCUAUUGGAGGAAAAACCACGGCACUAAGGACUACAGGAUAAACCGAGCCUUAGCGUACCUGGACCAUGAGGAUAAAGUAUUGAAGCAGAGUGUGCCUACUUCAGAUCUACCACCAUGGGUCCAUUAUCCAGAUGUGGAGAGAGUGGAAUGGCUGAAUAAGACGGUGAAGCAGAUGUGGCCGUUCAUCUCCCAGUUUGUAGACAAGCUGUUCAGAGAGACCAUCGAGCCGGCAGUGCAGGCCGCAAACCCUCACCUCAGCUCCUUCUGCUUCACCAAGAUCGACAUGGGCGACAAGCCGCUGAGAGUGAACGGGGUGAAGGUUUACACAGAGAAUGUGGACAAGAGGCAGAUCAUCAUGGAUCUGCAGAUCAGUUUUGUGGGGAAUACAGAGAUUGACGUGGACAUCAAGAAGUACUACUGCAGAGCGGGAAUCAAGAGUAUUCAGCUCCAUGGGACGCUGAGAGUGGUGAUGGAGCCUCUGCUGGGAGACAUGCCUCUGAUCGGAGCGCUGUCCGUCUUCUUCCUCAAGAAACCAUUGCUGGACAUCAAUUGGUCGGGACUCACAAACAUGCUGGAUAUUCCUGGUGUCAGUGGUUUGUGUGAUAACAUCAUCCAGGACGUCAUCUACAGCUUCCUCGUUCUUCCCAACCGGAUCACCAUUCCUCUGGUGGGAGAGGCCCAGCUGGCCCAGCUCCGCUUCCCCAUUCCCCAGGGCGUGCUGAGGAUCCACUUCAUCGAGGCGCAGGAACUGCUGGGUAAAGACAAGUUUUUGGGCGGGCUGAUCAAAGGGAAGUCCGACCCAUACGGUGUCAUCAAGGUGGGAACGCAGCUCUUCCAAAGCAAAGUCAUCCACGAGACCGUCAACCCCAAGUGGAACGAAGUGUAUGAGGCCUUGAUGUACGAACACGCUGGACCAAACAUGCUGGAGCUCGAGCUGUUCGAUGAAGACACGGAUAAGGACGACUUCCUCGGGAGUCUGAUGAUCGACGUGGCCGAGCUGCAGAAGGAGCAGAAGGUGGACGAGUGGUUUGUGAUAGAAGACGUGGCGACAGGGAAGAUUCACCUGAAACUGGAGUGGUUAUCUCUGCUGCCCUCACCGGAGAAACUGGACCAGGCGCUAACGAGCAUUAAAGCUGAUCGCAAUCAGGCGAACGACGGCCUCUCGUCGGCGUUGCUCGUCGUCUUCCUGGAUUCAGCAAGAAAUCUGCCGCGCAAUCCGUUAGAGUUCAACCAGUCGGGGCUGAGGAAGACCUCGGUCAGUAAAGCUCUGAAGUCCGGUAAAAAAGUGACCAGCGAUCCAAAUCCAUUCGUCCAGUUCAGAGUGGGACACAAGUCCUACGAUAGCAAGACCCGAUAUAAGACCAAUGAGCCGGUGUGGGAGGAGGCGUUCACCUUCCUGAUCCAUAACCCCCGCAGCCAGGAGCUGGAAGUUGAGAUUAAAGACGAGAAACACGAGUGUACGUUGGGCGUUUUGACGGUGCCGCUGACUCGCCUUCUGGAGGCCGAGGAAAUGACCUUAAAUGAACGUUUCCCCCUCAAGAACUCCGGCCCGAGCUGCACGCUGAAGAUGAAGAUGGCUCUGAGGGUGCUGAGCUUGGACAAAACCCCUCCCUCUUCCUCCGAACCCUCCUCCCCCUCUUCAGUGCAGGUCAACAAGAACAAGAAAACAAACCCUCAACCUGCCGCCUCUUCCUCCGACUCCCCCGUUCCUCCCUCCUCCACCUUCGAUAUCCCUCGCUCCGCCUCAGUGUCGGCGCAGGACGUCAUGAAUCGAAGGAAAGAAGCCAACGAUCCGAACCGCUCUGUAGGGAGCACUGAUUUGGGGCAGGGGGGAAGAGGAGGAGGUUUAGCUCUGAGUGGGAGGAGCUCCUCUAAUCUCGCCAUUUCCGGGUCGCAGCAAUAUCUGGCGGGCGGAAAAGAGCUGACUCCAAGCAUCGCUUCUGAUAUCUCCAACCCUUACGCCACUCAGGAGCUCCAGCAGAGACUCGCGCAGCUGCAGAAUGGUUCUGGUCCUGGUCACUCCCCUCUGGGUGAGAUCCAGCUCACUAUCAGACACUCCUCCCAGAGGAACAAACUCAUCGUGGUGGUGCACGGCUGCAGAAACCUGAUAGCGUUCACGGACCACGGCUCGGACCCGUACGUCCGCCUCUACCUGCUUCCCGACAAACGGAGGUCAGGGAGGAGGAAAACUCACACCUUCAAGAAGACCCUCAACCCCGUUUACGACCAGACCUAUGAGUUCAGUGUGUCUCUCGUGGAGCUCCACAGACGCACUCUGGACGUCGCAGUGAAGAACGGAGGAGGACUGCUCUCCAAACACAAAGGCCUUCUGGGAAAGGUUCUGGUGGAUUUGACGUACGAGGACACGUCUAAGGGUUGGACACAAUGGUAUGAGCUGAGUGAAGAUGGUCUGACGAAACCUCAACAACUAUAGAGCGAAACAACCAUCACAAUCACCAUCAUCAUCAUCAUCACAAUCAUCAUCACCACAACCAUCAUCAUCAUCAUCAUCAUUAUCACCACAAUGAUACGAGACAUCUAUUAUUUUUACUAAGUGUACAAAGUAAAGAAGAAGCAGCUUUGAUCCAUUUAACCACAUCAGUCGCAAGGCAGACCUCCCCUUUAAGAAGAGCCAGGCUUUAAAGGGAGUAUUCCACAUGUAGAAUAUUCAAUAUAUCACCAAUACUACUAUGUACUGCUGUGGAAAAUAUAUUCCAUAUUUAUAGGAGAAUAUAUAUACCAGCUGUAGAUGAAGACAAUCUAUUUUUUUGCGGUAAAAUAUGUAAAAGUUUGUAAAUAUAUAAACGAUGACGCUCGACUAAAGAGGGCGCCGUGUUUGAGAGAGAUUCAGGCCAAAUGAUUGUUUGUCGUUUUCUUUGAUUUCUUUGAAAACAUUCUAGACGCCACCAAAGAGACGAGAAGUCAUUUUUUGUAUUCUCUUCCCUCGUUUGCUUUCCUCUGGUUUAAUUCCACUUUGAUAACAUGUGUUUAAAACAUCUUAAAGAUAAGUAUAAGUACACACAGGGGCGCCGCUUGCAAAGAGGCAAGGCAGGGCUUGGGGCCCCGGACCAGAAGGGGGCCCCCAAAGAAGGUAGAUUAAGAAGGUCCACAACAUGAAACACCCUUUCAUU